AUGCAGGUCACAGCAGAAGACGCACGCCGCAUCCUCUGGAACACAACCUGGUGGCACACCCCACGGUGCGCGGGUUCGAAGGAGGCAUUGGACCUGUUCCCGGAGCUCAGUGAGCUCCUGCGAUAUGCAGGGGAUCCGGACUGGAGACGAUACACCAAAGCCACUUGGUCUUUCUCUUCAGGCGUGCCGCUGGGGGUGGAUGUUAGAUUGCCCCGAACUCCUGCGCAUUUCUUCCGGAAGACUAAGCAUCGAAAGUUUGAGGGGGCAGCGGAACAGCUUUCGGAUGAACUUCGCUUGAACUACCCUUCGGCCCGCGAGCACGAGCUGAAGAUCGAGGAGCAAUUCGCCAAAGAAGUUUUUUUGGGGGCUAUGAUUGAGCUGCCUUUGGAAGAAGCGCGAGGUGCGGAGCAUGGAUGGAUUGGUUUUUCCAUUGCGGCGCACCAGAGGCUUUUGGGCAUAUCAAAGUCGCGAGCAGAUUGGAUGGUUGGCUGGAUUCGCAAGGUCAAGUCAGAUGGCUUUGUUAACAUCGCUGACAUGGGCGCUGUGCUGGGGCGGCUCUCUUUUGGGCUGACGCUGCUUCCAUUGCUUCGGCCUUUUCUGGGGCCCCUUUAUGCCUGGGUCGCUGCGGUCAAGCAUUGUCACAUUAAGAAGCUGCCGAAAGCCAUCGUCCUGAUUCUGUCUUUUCUUGAAAAUUUCUUCAUGAAGGACCUUCGCACAUCGCAUGUGAGUCUGCCAAUCCAUAUGAUUGCCAUUGGUUCGCGGAAAGGAUAUCCCACCUGGAGGCCCCAUGGUUUUUCAAUUGCUUCGCUGGAGCUGCUGGCAACUCUGAUCAAUGUCAUUGUUUUUGAGACUGCGCCAUUCACUCAUGCAAACUUCAUUUGCAGUGCAGCUACGGACAAUCGCGGUAGCAGUCAACUUACGGCGAGAUGGCUGACGACAUCCUUUCCGUUGGUGGCAGUGCUGAUGGAGCUGGCAACUGUUUUGCAAGGGAACGGCCUCUCUCUUGAAUUGCACUGGGCUCCUAGGCUACAGAACUCUUUGGCUGAUUCGUUGACGAAUCAAGAUUUCAAAAGUUUCAAUCCUGAACUUCGGCGGCGCUUUUCCUUCAGCAGUUACCAGUCCGUGGUCAUGAAAGAUAUGUUGGACCUUGGGUCCACGCUUUACAAGGACAUUGCUGAGUGGAAGAGCCGAAAGCGCGGUCAUACGGUUCAGGAUAAGAAC